CGCCGGAUGUGGACUGAGACGCAAUGGGUCAAUCUCUCAAAACAAGCCCGAGAUCUUGGUCUGCCAAAGCUACCAUACUUUGAUCCGGCGACGAUGCUGCUGAGCAAGGAAGUGAAUGUGAAGUUAUGGAAACAGCUUAAAAAUCUCUACCACGUUCUGGGACCUGAUAAAGCGCCAUACGCAUGCCCGAAGAUGGUUGAGGGUGGAGAGGUCAAGUGGUAUUCUUAUAUGGGUGAAAGCAAAGGCGAUGAG